AGGGUAAUGUUUCCGGGUCAACACCGACAACCACAACAACAACAGGUUCAACAGUUGCAGCAACAGCUUUAUUGCUCAAUGGUAACUGUUCAAAUUACAUUUAUCGACCUUCGACUGGACUGGCAACCUCAUCCUUACUGUCACCCAAUCAACUUGAUCGUGAAGCUGGUUUCUUCAAGUCAACCCUUGACCCUUAUCAUGCCCAUUCCAGUAGCCAUUCUGGUCACAAGAAAGCUUUAUCCACUUCAGGAACAGUCACCACUUUCAACUAUCCCUUGUACCAAGAGUUUGAUCCAACUGAAGUCAACUCUAGUUCAGUUUACAAAAGGAUACUUCAUUGGGAUAUUAAAUAUACCCUUGCCCUUUCCUUGAUCAUCAUAUUUCUCCUUCUCGGAAUUACAGUGAUUAUACUUUUACUUCGAACCUUGUCCUUUACAUCGCCAUCAUCACCAACCUCAAUCCCAGAUUCAUCAAUGGAUCCAAGUUUGACUGAAAUGCGAAGUCCAUGUGAUUCAAUAAGCUGUCCAAAUCUUCAAUUUUGUGCAAUUGAUAAUAAUGGUUCACCUCUUUGUACCUGUAAAACGUGCUCAUCCCACAUAAAUCCAGUCUUGUUGUGUGCCACCGAUAAUACAACCUACUAUUCCGAGUGUGAUAUUGAACGAGUUUCGUGCCUUAAAAAUGAACCGAUAGCCAUUAAACACCAUGGACCAUGUACAUUUGUUGAUACGUCUAUUAAAGAUCCUUGUGCAUUCGUUGUUUGCAACUAUGGAGCCGUUUGCAUUCCGCCCUUACAAGAACCCCCGCUUCCAACUACCAAAUAUGAUGCUACAGAUGAAACACUUGCCAAUCAAGUAGAUAGUCAGGAUAGUAAAGAUGUUAAUGAACUCUGUCAGUGUCCUUAUUGUGAAGAUAGUGGACCAAGUGUUUGUGGCUCAGACGGAAUAACCUACUCAAGUCAGUGUUCCCUUUCCACAGCCUGUUGCACCGAAAAGCGCUACAUAACAGUGCGGUACGAUGGACCAUGUCAAACGUGUUUGGACAUGAAUUGCAUGCAUUAUUCUGUCUGUGAAAUCGAUCUGGAAACGAGUAAAGCCCAUUGUGUCUGUCCAAAAGUUUGCAUUCGUGAUGAUAGACCAGUUUGCGGUUCAAACGGUAAAACCUACGAAAGUGAAUGCGAACUUCAAAUGGCUUCAUGUCACCUUCAAAUUAACUUGACCGUAGCUCAUCAUGGUUCUUGUGCACCCAAUUUAUGCAAAAAUGUUGAUUGCAAAUUUGACAGCGAAUGCCUAGAAGGUGAAUGUGUUUGCAACUUCAAUUGUGACUCUGAACCUGAGGAGUCAGUUUGUGCGGACGAUGGACUCACCUAUGCUAACCAAUGUUCACUAAGGCGAUCCUCUUGUCUAAAAGGUCGUAAAUUAGUUUCCCUUUUCUUUGGUACCUGUGAUGAGAUGAAAAUCCUAAUGGAAUCAUCAAGUGAUAAUAAAUUAUUCAAUUCUGCCGAUGGUGCCAAAAUAAUAAACAAUACAACGCCAACAUUAAAUACAAACGAGGUUGUGAAUUUCACUCCAAAUGGAUACAAUAAAAAUGAUAGCACAAUUGAACCCAACAAAUCUCAAUUUAAUCAUCAUUUGUCCAAUAUUUUGUUACCUCAUAAUCAAUCAUCCAAUUCAUUCCUUAAUCACUCACAACAUCACAAAAAUCACCAUAAACAUCAUCAUCACCAUCAUCAACAGAAGUCUAACCAUGAUAACCAUAAUCAUCAUUCUUCAACUUUCCAUCAUAACCAAGUGACCUUAACUUGUAAUAAUUUUGAAUGCCUUUUUGGUGCUUCAUGUUCAUACAAUUCAUCAGGCUAUCCACACUGUCAAUGUUCCUUCCAUUGUGACAUUGAACCGUUCCAAUCAUCAUCAUCAUCAUCAGCUUCCUUCUCCUCCUCCUCAUCAACCUACCUUGAUCCAUCUCUCACCGGAUCUUCUGCUUUUGAAAGUGACAGGAAACUCAUUUUUGUAUCUUCCCUCCAUGAAUCUCUUUGUGGCUCGGAUGGCCAAUAUUAUGACAAUGAAUGUCAAAUGAAAAGAGAAUCCUGUAAUCAGCAAAAGGAUAUAUCAAUUGUUGAUGAUAAAAUUUGUGACCUUCAAUCAUCAUCAGUCGAUGCCAAAAUUGCACUUGAUAAUUUCAAUGAAUCAUUGAAUAAUGAAGUGAACCAUGAUGUUCCAAUGUGCAUCAAAAGUGAAUUUGGCUGUUGCCUCGAUGGUUCAACUCAAGCUCUUGGUCUCAAUUAUCUCGGUUGUCCAGAGCGCUGUUUUUGCAACCGCAGAGGAUCGAUUGGAUCCAAUUGUGAUCCCAUUACAAGACAAUGUUCAUGCAAACCAGGAAUCGGUGGCCUUAAAUGUAAUCGAUGUGAAGCUGACUUUUGGGGACUUCAUAUGGCUAAAGGUCAAGAUGGAUGUUUACCUUGUAAUUGCAAUAAGUUUGGUUCUGUUCGAAGUGAUUGUGAACAAACGACGGGAAAAUGUGUUUGCAUUCCUGGCAUUAAAGGAAUUAAAUGUGAUAUUUGUCCACUUGGAACCAUUCUUGGACUUCAUGGAUGUACUCAUGGUUCAAUUGCUUUCCCUCGUAAUGGUUCUUGCCAUGAUAUCCAAUGUUUCCAUGGAGCAGUUUGUGUUCAAAAUGGUAACAUAGCCCAAUGUAUCUGUGAUAUUAAUUGUCAAAACAAUUCAACUGAUGUCUCCAAUUCCUCGAUGGAUUAUUCAAUCGUCUGUGGUUCUGAUUCCAAUACAUAUCAAUCUGAAUGCCAAAUGUUAAGAGCCUCUUGUCUUCAUCAAACGGAUAUUGUAAUUCUUCAUAAAGGUCCUUGUUGAAUGGCAAUUGCAAGUACAGAAGGAAAUGGAAAAUUCAGGCAAAUAAUUUUUGGCUUCUGGUUUCAAAGGCAAUUCAUUGGUGAAUCAUUAUUUACCUGGUUGUGUAUAAAAAAGGAAAGGGGAAAUUCAUCAGUCUUUGUUUGUGUUGACACUUUACUUUUCUUCCUUAAUUAUUCUCUCCAUCAAAAUCAAUGGAAUCAACAGAGUAAAUUGUCG